UACGACUUGCCACAACCAUGUCUUCGAUCGCUGCUCUGGCUACCCGCCGGGCUCUGACCCGCCAGCCUAUCUUCCGCGCUCCCCCGCGCCGCUUCGUCUCCUCCAAGGUCGAGGAGGCCAACCUCGACAAGGGAGCCAAGAAGGACCCCGAGCUCUACGUCCUCCUCGGUGUCAUGUCUGGUGCUUUCCUCCUCGCCGGCUGGUACUUCGGCAGCAAGCCCACCUCCGUCACCUCCGAGGCUAGCAACGUUCGCAUCGGCGAGAGUGCUAUGCCCUGGCACGCCGCCUCUGAGGAUGGCAAGAUCUACAAGUAUCAGUACCACCCUCACGGUGACAAGAGCCAGCCCCUCCGUGCUGCUCCCAGCGCCAUGAACACCGUCAUUGUCCCCAAUGUCACCCUCCCCGAGGACCUCCACGAGAAGUUCAACAAGUACGGCAAGGAGGAGUGGGACUACUAA